AUGCUGCAUCUUCAUGUCUGGGGCCCGGCCUUUGGCCUACCGUCCAUUGAUGCAGAGUGUUUGGCCAUCAUAACAUAUUUUCACAACGUACUACCCUCGUCAUCAUGGCGCCUCAUCCCCAGCAACGAUCCCGCCGUCAGCCCAUCGAAUCUUCUACCGGCAUUACAGCAUGAAGACAAAUGGAUAAGCGGAUUCCAGCCUAUUAUAGAGUAUCUAACCUCCGCAGCCAUUUGUGACGGCCUGGACGAGACGCUCAGCCCGAUUCAACGGGCAGACAGCGUCGCUUAUAGCGCCUAUCUGAGAGCUCACGCGGGACCUCUCGUUGAUCUAUCAUUAUAUGUCUCUGCGGCAAAUUGGGCUGCUACCACCAGGCCCGCCUAUAGCUUGUUGCUGACUUUUCCCCUGACAUGGACCGUUCCGACGUUGAUCAGAGCGGAGGCUAUCAAGCGCGCAGAGCAUCUUGGCCUGGCCGAGCUGGACACCGAUUUCGAUCCCAAUGGCGGCCUUCAUCUCUCUGCGGGCAGAGAUGCCCUCCCAGAGACCUUCCGGCGGCAUAUUCCUUUGAUGACCAAGAAGACUGUGCACGAAGAGAUGACGCCAGAGCAAGCUAUAGCAAUAAGGCUAUUCGGUCUGACUGAAGAUUGCCUUACCGUGCUGGAUGAUUUGAUGAAAGGGGGGGAUGAAGAGCAUCCUCGAUUCUUCACAGAUGCUGCGGUCUCUUCGCUGGAUUGUUUGGCUUUCGGGUACCUGGCUCUUAUGCAGAAGCCAGCCGUUCCGCGAUCUUUUCUCAAAGACUGGCUAGAGCCGAAAACCCCUAGAUUACACAAAUUCGUCGACUCCAUGCUUGCCGCCAUCACCGCACGCGGCGAUCUUCCCUGGGCAACCUCCGAACCAACAUCCGUCGCUCGCUUUGGCGGCCGCAUUCUCGACUCCGUCUUGCGCCAUAUCCCUAACCUGGGAGAGCAGUAUGCAGCUGAAAUGCGCCAUAGGGCCGAACACCAGAAGACAGGCUUGGACCAGCGAGCUCUCAUGCUAAUCAUGGGCGUAGUCCUUACCGGCUUGGCCACGGGCUAUGGAUUCCAGGCCUACAGGGCGAUGCAGCCGUUUGGAGCAUCGACUCAGUCGUGGAAGCCUAGACGGUCGCGGACAAGAUUGAGCGAGUUUGGACAGCUUGGGUCAAUGUUGAGCAGCGCCAUGGGGCCCUUUCAGCCUGUGCCGAGCGGCCUCGAUGUGGGAGCUCGAGAUCAAGGAGGGCCUAAUGGAAUGCUAGUAGAAGUCGAUUCUGAAGUAGAUUGA